AUGAAUUACUUAAAAAUUGCGCGUUGUGGUUUGCUUGGAAUUAGAUUCCACAACACAUUGGCAUUCCGAAACGCUCCAGCAAUAACAUUUCUGCAAAUUAAAGAAGUCGAUCUUGCCCAAAAACGUUUCUAUAAGAAUUUCGGACACAAACAAGAGCCAGAGGCGAGAUUCUCAAAAAUUUGGUACUCUUUCUUGCUCUUUUUCUUCAUUAUUCCAUCAAUUAACUACAAAUGGAUAAAGCAAUUAUUGUCUGUAAAAGCAGAAAGUGAGACCCUUGAAGAAAGGAUGAAUGUGGACAAUAACAUGGAAGAAUGUUCAGAUGAAGAAACAAAGAGGAAGAAACAUAGAAGGGAAAAAAUUGGGUUCAGAGAUAGAAAAAUAAUAGAAUAUGAAAAUCGCAUAAGACACUACUCAACACCAGACAAAGUGUUCCGUUACUUUGCUACUCUGCAAGUUCAAGGUUCAUCGUCGGAUCAGCACGACAUUUUCAUGACUCCUGAUGAUUUUUUAAGAUCGAUGACUCCUGGUCUAAAACAACCUGACGGGUUGGGACUAGACCAAUACAAAAGAUAUGACCCAAAGACAGUUCAGCAAAAACUAGAACUCACUCUAGAUGAAGACAGCAUAUUCUACAGAUUAGGAAGUUCUGGAUUGAUCACUUUUUCAGAUUACAUAUUCCUUUUGACUGUAUUGUCAACUUCUCGUAGACAUUUCGAGAUUGCUUUUCGAAUGUUUGACUUGAAUGGAGAUGGAGAUGUGGAUUGUGAAGAAUUUGAGAAAGUUGCUACUCUUAUCAGACAGCAAACUAGCAUAGGAUCUAGACACCGAGACCAUGCGAAUACUGGAAAUACUUUCAAGGGUGUGAAUUCGGCAUUAACUACUUAUUUCUUUGGACCUAACCUGAAACAAAAACUUACCAUAGAAAAAUUCCUCGACUUCCAAGAGAAGCUUCAAAGAGAAAUAUUGAGUCUCGAGUUCCGCCGGAAAAAUCCAGACGAAAAUGGAAAUAUCAGCGAAGCUGAAUUCACUGAGCUCUUACUGGCCUAUGCAGGGUAUCCCCAAAAGAAAAAGGCUAGGAUGUUGAAGCGAGUGAAGAAAACUUUCAGAGACCAUGGAAAAGGAAUUUCCAAAGAGGACUACAUGAAUUUCUUCCAUUUUCUGAAUAAUAUCAACGAUGUUGAUACUGCGUUGACUUUCUACCAUAUAGCUGGUGCCUCGAUUGAUCAACAAACUCUGAAACAUGUGGCCAAAACUGUUGCGCAUGUGGAGCUUAGCGAUCAUGUCAUCAACGUAGUUUUCACCAUUUUCGAUGAGAACUUGGACGGCCAAUUGAGCAACAAAGAGUUCAUCGCAGUUAUGAAGAAUAGGCUUCUCAGAGGACUAGAGAAGCCCAAAGACACUGGAUUUGUCAAACUUAUGCAGUCGAUUUUGAAAUGUGCAAAAGAAACAAAGCCUGCCUUGUUGGAUUUAUGAUCCGUUGUGAUUUCACUUUUUAUUUAGUGUUAAAAAUAAGUGGGUACUCUUGGCAGUAUAGAAGACUCGCCUAUCAGGGUCUUAUAUUUAUUUUUUCCACUACUAG